AUGGCAACCGCGGAAAAAGAACAUUCAUGUUCUCAAGAUUCCAACAACCAUGCAGGAAAGUUUGUUUAUCCGCUCUCGAUUUUCUCGUUGCUGAUUUACAUUACUGCCAUGGUUCGAGUGGAGAUUAUAAACCAAAGGAUUGAUGUUGUUGAAGAUUUCAUGGCGGAAGUCAACCAAAUUGCCAACGUACACGUUGGAAGAGAUGUGACAGGUUUGAAAAACGUUCAGAGAGUCAACCUGGUCGGUGAAUUUUACCGCAAGAAUGGGGUAAAAGAGGAGGAAUAUACGUCUAAAGGUAAACUAAACCCUUUGCAAUACUUUACCCCCGGGGGGACUCCCAUGUGAACGGGACGUGGAUGCCCAUGGGAAAAUUAGAAUUUAUCUUUUAAAGGAGACCAAUCUGACUUCGCUCCUUUACGAACGUACUUGUAAAAAGAAUUCGUUACUUCGAUCUACCUGUAGGUAACAAUCAGUUUGAUGUUACUUUUUGAGUUUCUACUUCAAAAAAUAAAAUUGUAACGUAAGAUAGUUGAGUGUAAUGAUCAUCUGAAUGAUCCGUAAUAUUUCGGAUCAAUGCAAAUAGUUUCACGUCCUAAUUGUCUUUGCUGAUGACCUUUUACGUUUCAAAGAUAUUUAAGCACCAAGAGCAUGCAGUUUAUCAAAAAAGCUGCCAAGCUUUUUUAUUUAUUUAUUCAUUUUUUACUUUAAUCUAUUUUUUAAACACCCGUGAGCAUCACAAAGCAACGCCUGUACUCACAUCUUGUUAAUCGUUUUAUUUCUCCGACCGGUUUCGUCUGAUCACACACAGACCUCGUCAGGGGGUAUAACAAGAGUAGAACUAAGGAACUAACUUUUAUACACCUUCACAUUGAUAACGGCAAAAUCCCGUUCCAGUUAUGGUGUGAACAACCAAAAAGCCCACAAAAUCGGGUUUGCCUAAAACCCAGAAUCCUGAAUAGGGCGGAAAAAACCCCGGGGGGGGGAGGAGGUACUGCCAUAUAUGGGCUAGGUAUGUGCCGCAGUGAAGGGUAUGGUUUCCAAGCAGUUUACUCUAGAAUAGGGUAUAUAAAUCAGAGCGUUUGGGUCUAAAAUAGGAUAUCAUUUUUCAGGAAACUGAUCAGUUGGUUGAAGAUUUUAUCUAGACUAGAGAUUGUGGUAUAAGGUUUUGUUUUGGCUAGACUAUGUUAGUGACCUUAGUAAGUUUCUGGAAAACAGCUACUCUAGGAUAGGGGGGAUUUGCGGAGUUUACUCUAGUAUAGGGUAGCAAAAUUCAGCUGAACUAGCUCUGGUAUAGGUUAAGGGUUCCAGGGUCCCAGCGGCACACCCCUACACAGAAAUCAGAGAUCAGGAAGUAGGAUAUUCGGGGAAUGAUUACUAAAAUAAAUUAGCCUGUUUAAGCCCUCUAUUUCCUCUUCGAAGUCCGCCGAGGGCGGGUGAUAAAAUAUAAACCGCAGGGGAUAUAUUGACGUACCGCCAGCGCAAGGGGGUAGUGGUGGGGGAAGAAGAAGAAAGACGUUCUUUAUUUUUCUUUCUCGUGCUCCGCGCUCGUUCUCGCGAGCUCGCCGAUGUUUUCGAAAAGAACGAAAAGAAAAUUAAAACAACGUCUGUGUACAGGCUAAAAAUAAAUAAAAAAGCCUCUUUACUGGGAUCAAGAGAGACCUUUUCAUUAUUUUCUCAGUUAUGAUUGCGAAAUGGCCGCCACUUAUUUCUUGACUUGGGAUUUUGUCAACACACUUUUCCCAGGCAUGCAGUUUCAGUUCUUGAAAAUCUGAAAUUAAUGUUCAAUCCUCCGUGGCGUGAUUUUUAGUUAUGUAUUCACUAUAUUUUUCCAUGUUUUUCCGUCGCCGAUCUUAAUAAGUAACAAACAAUAUUCAGUCAUACAUGAGUAUGAGAAAGGCUGAAUAUAAAUGUGCGUAAAAAAAAAUUGCAAAAUCUUCCUUUCAACAAAAACAAAAUGCUCCAGCAAAUGAAACAAAAUUGACAAGGGCAAAUUAAGUUUUUAGUAACUUGAAAAAAUGAAACCCAUUUUCUCUAAGAUUCAAUUCAUGUCCAUCAUUGCUAUCCGUAGCAACAGAAGACAUAAAAUAGAGUUUUAACGCCAAAAUAUUGCUAUAGUCUUCAAUAACAAAAAUAGACCUUUUUCAUGCAAGGACGCACUUUAGCCUUUUAAGAGGGUCUGAAUUGGGUUUAGUGUUUAAUUAGUUUUAUUUGCCCAUAAUUUUUAGUGAUUCUUGUUAAAUUGGCCAAUUUUUUUUUUGUGUUUGCUGUUUCCGAAGAAAGUACUGUUAAGUGUUUGGAGGGUUCUUCGGGCAUCGUCGGCAAUGGUCGGACCCAGUCUUCGUUAGUCUUCGGAAAUCUUCGUCAGUCUUUGAGAAUCCUCGGUAGCCUUCGGAAAUCUUCUGCAAUAAUGCGAAAUUGUCUUAACAUGGCCAAAACCUCAGCUUGAUAUACUGAACAAAACAAUAUUGGCCUUUUUGAAGUCGUUUUUUGCUUUUUCUGGAAAAAAUGCUGUUUCAAAGAAUCUUUUACUGUUAGUAUUAAAAUGCCUAUAAAAUUUAACUUUUUCAUCUUACAAAGCCAAAAAAUUAAGUGUUAAGUGUUAACGGGGUACCCCCCUUCAGACCCUCAAGAGAUCUUAUCCUAUGAAACAGUAAUUGUCUAAACUGAAACUCGGCAUGGAAUUACAUUUUUUUUGGAAAGAGUUUUGGUACCACAUAUGCAAAGCUUUUGAAAUAAACCUUUACACUCUUUUAAAGGCUUCCGGUCUAAAAAAGACACCCUGUUUAAGACGCUGAAUUUUGAAAUUGUAUCUCCUGUUGAAGACACAGGAGCCUGAAAACCGUGCGUACCCUUUUUACCCACACAUAUCCGUCUUGGCCAACUAAAUGAAAAGCUCGCUCGGGUCAAUGCAUCAUGUCGUCACUCCCAGUACUUUGAGCGAUGAACAAUAUCUAUAGAGAAGACAAUUGCUGACGUUACAAAAACUAAAUUUGUGAAAUUAUGGGAUAGGCUGGCAUAUCCGGAUAGAUCAAGAUGAAAUAUGUACACUUACUAAAAAUCAGACCGUUAGUGCAAAUUGGCGAGGAGAUAUAAAAAAAAACUAUAUAAGCACUGUUAUCAUGGACCUAAUGUUCCGAUGACUCCAUAUAAAUCCUUCUAAUAGUAGGCUCGGAUCGUAACGUUACGAUCCAGAUCUUAUUCUUUCUGGAUAUGCAAACAUAUCCCAUAAUUGUACAAAUUUGACUUUUUGUGACGUCACACUUCUUUACUCUUCUGUGUUAUUUUAUUGCUAGUUCAACUUCCAAGUUUGAGGGUCCGUCGUUUUGCCAGCUCCACACCCGGAAAUCAAAAGCUCACCAUUGAACAGAUCAGAAGUGAGAUAAACAAGACUUUACACUCGCUGACACCACACGCAUUUUGUUCACCAAACGAAAAAAUGUGCGUUCAAGGUCCACCUGGGAGGGAAGGUCCUAAGGGAUCACGUGGCAAAAGAGGUCCGCGCGGAGCCACGGGAAGAAACGGUGCACGUGGUGACACAGGGCAUCCCGGGCCACACGGGAAGCAAGGACCCACCGGUCCACCCGGUCAGAAAGGAGAGCCUGGUAUCAAGGGGAAUCCAGGUCCCAGGGGUUUUCCGGGGCCUAAGGGAGAACCUGGAGAAUCAAUUUCAAUGCCAACGGUUGUAAUCUCGCCCAAGGAAUUAACUGUCAGAGAAAACCAAAAUGCCGUAUUCCAGUGUUCUGCGACCCGAAACCCGUCACCGACUGUAAAGUGGAUAGAGCCCAUCGGCUCCCUUUGGUCUUAUCGUGUUCAGCUUAACCCCCGUGGAGUCUUGACGGUACGUCACGUGACUCUUGCAGUCACUGGUAGAUACAUUUGUGCAGCAACAAAUAUGCUAGGUUAAGCUAACCAAUCAGUCUCAUUGACUGUUCAAGGUAAGGUAUUACAUUACCUUUUUACUGGUAAAAUUUUUGCUUUGUGAUUUUUUGAUACGCGUAAUUAAUUCCCUCAUUUGUUUUUUUCUUCAUUUAAGGAACCACUGAAAAAUUGUCUUCACGAAGACUUUUUUUAUAUGUUCCAGGGCCAUCGUAGCUCAAUCAAAAAUAUAACACAAACAGUGGUGAUAAACAUUGUGAACUUUCGCAUGAAAAACCCGACGUUUCGUACACUUGUAGAAACAAUAUAGGGUUUGAUCACUGUGAAAUUUUAGCGUCGUCAGGUAAAAUAAAGGAAACAGUGCUUAUUCAAGACUUUAACAAUGACAAUGUAUGUUGACUAACAUACGAAAAGCCAAGUUGAUAUAAAAACGCGAAAGAUCACCAAUGUUUAUCAUCGCUUUAAAUGUUUCAAUUGUCUUUCAUCUAUCUUUGAUAAUUUCCCCUUUUCGAAGGGUCUUUCGUAAUAGAGACUUUUUAUUUAGGGGUGUAGGGAGAUAUAAAAGCUCCAUAAUGUUGAGCGAGUGUUGCCCAGCUACUAAUCAGGAUCUUUACAUUAGCUGGAUCAGUGAUUCUUUCAGGAACAUGUCGUUUUUAUUUCUGGUCUUGACUAAUUUUUACCUACAAGCAUAACUUAGAAUGUUUACAGAAAGGCUCACUGUUAUAUACGAGGUAUAGCCCCAAUAUAGUGUUUACUUGGCAACUAAAUUUUUUGCGUAGGACCACCACGAACUCUACCACAUACAAUCUGAAGUUGUAAAAUAUGUUUCUCUUCUCACCUUUAGAAACCUGAAGCUUGGUUCGCAUACCAACUGAGGCCUUGCUCUAACAGCAAGAUAAAACACUUAUCUUAAGCAACAAUUUUGCUCAAGUAUAGUAACCUGCGAAAACAUCCGUUUCUCCUCGCUUUUCGCCGCUGGGGACGUUUCGCGCGGAGGAACGUCUGCGACUCAGCGACAGAAAUUCCAUACUGAUGACGCAAAUAAAUGUUUACAAAAAAUAAAUCCGGUAAUCAUGAGGUUCCAAAUAUAAAUUUGACCAAUUUUACGUGUCUUCUUGUCGGUUUUGGUAAAGUGUUGUGUUCAUCUGCCAACGAGCUUCAGCAAAACUCUAAUGCUUCUUCAAGAGAAGACUAUAUUCCACAAAUAUUGGGUAUUUUGUUUGAGAUUCUUCGCGUUUACAUUUGACCUUUGUGGCCUUUUGUCUUUUGUCUGUCAUUCGUAAACAAUAGUUAAAACAAUGUAACUACUCCGUCGACCAAUCAGCACUUCUGGCCGGAUUCCGGACAGAUUUUACGUCAUCAGUAUGGAAUUUCUGUCGCUGAGUCACAGACGUUCCUCCGCACGAAACGUCCCCAGCGGCGAAGAGCGAGGAGAAACGGAUGUUUUCGCAGGCUACAAGUAUAGAGAUGCAUUUGAGACUGUAUCUAUUUUUUCAGCUCCCCCUCGUGUAAGACUAUCCCCAGGUCCCAUUCACACUAAAACAGGACAGAACAUCACGCUUCCUCGAUGCCAUGUGACAGGUUUCCCGUCGCCAACUGUGACAUGGACAAAGUUUACGGGUGUUUUACCAAAGAACAGGUUCACUUUGUCUAAGGAAUUUAUUACUUAA